UGUGGGGAUCGAUGGGACCCGUCACGAUGACCAAAAUCAUCAGGGACCUUUGCGCGAUACCAAACAUGCAGCAUUUGUUUCCUGAGAACAGUUUGGAGCCUAUCAAGUGUGGGAACAUUUCCAUCCUCCCCGAUGUUUACCUACUCCCGUAUCCAUGGUGGGAAUUUAAAAAAAUCUACGAACCUGGGAAAUGGCAGGAAUUUAUCGCUCAAUUUAAGAACAAGUCGUAUUCAAUACACGCGUAUGAAAACAAAAGCAAGCAUUUGAAGAUUAAACAAGGGUCAGACAGUGUUUACGAAGGAGCAGCCAGGAACUUCUGCCCUAUCACGCACCCUCUUCUCGUAUAGGGCUCUCCGCGGAGAUCCCUAUGUAUUACAUAGAUUUACACAGUAAUAUUACUUUAUACGGAAACACCUACCCACACAUAC